GCACACACACACACACACACACACACACACACACACACACACAGAGGGGACGGGUUGCUGCUUGAGAAGAUUACCAAUGCUUAAGGCGCGUGCGCCCCACACACCCGUCCUGCGCGCGCUCACCUGCCCCGGGACCAUCACACGCACCUUCUGGUUUCCGUCGAGGAGGUCUCUCGCCUCGCGCUCACAGAUCCCCAGGUGAUGAUGAGGAUUACCUGACUUCUUCUCCGAGGAAGGCGCGGCUGGUUCUUCCACCAAGUUCUGUGAGGUUCGGCUCGGCUCGGUUCGGUCCGGACGGUCCGCCCCGAGCCCAGGAGCGGAUUGCAGCGCAGAGACCCGCUUCUCGCAGGAGAUGGGGAUCUGUUAUCCGGCUCGUUUUCAGCGGGAUGAUGGACAAACGGAGAGCGGGGCGUAAGCGCUGCCUCAGAGGAGCCCCGGCCGGCAGGGCACAGAGCAGCUGCAGGUAAAUGGAGCUGCAGGACCGAAGCCGGUCCCCGUCCCGCAGGACGAGCCGAGUGGAGCAGGUGGUGGGACGAUGGCUGAGACGGUCCAGAGACCUGGGCAGCAGGUCUCACUCUGCCGGCAGAGAUCGCGUGGCGUCGGACGGAAAGGCAGCCGAGUCCAGCAGCUCCGAUCAGAGGAACUACCCGUUCCGAUUCAAUGUUCAGAUCCAAAGAGACCCGAACCUCAACUGUCACGGCCUCACCCUCUCAUCCCAGACCCCCAUCCUGGUGCAGGAGGUCACCACAGGUGGUCCUGCAGAUGGUCGGCUCGUCCCCGGAGACCAGCUCGUGAAGAUCAAUAACGUCUCUGUCGAUGACCUGACCCCGGAGCAGGCUGCUGAGAUCAUCAGGGAGUGUCAGGAAACGCUGACCAUGACGGUCGUCAGAAUCAUGCAGGGCCCGAAGUCAUCCUUCAUCACUCCGGAGAAGAGGGCCAAGCUCAGGUCCAACCCUGUCAAAGUUCACUUCGCUGAGGAGGUGGAGGUCAAYGGACAUUCUCAGGGGAACUCGCUGCUCUUCCUGCCAAACGUCCUGAAGGUGUAUCUGGAGAACGGUCAGACCAAGGCCUUUAAAUUUGAGCCCAGCACCACAGUCAAGGAUAUCGUGAUGACGCUGAAGGAAAAGCUUUCUCUGACUCGGAUCGAGCAUUUCUCCCUGGUUCUAGAGCAGCAGCACAGCAGCAGCAAACUCCUGCUGUUGCACGACGAUGAGAGGAUACAGCAGGUUGUCCAGAAGAAGGAGGUUCACGACUACAGGUGUUUGUUCCGAGUUUGUUUUCUGCCCAAAAACCUCCGGACACUGCUGGAGGACGAUCCCACCACUUUUGAGUACCUCUACCUGCAGGGGGUGAAUGAYGUGCUGCAGGAGCGCUACGCCGUAGAGAUGAGGUGCAACACGGCUUUGAGGCUGGCCGCGCUGCACAUUCAGGAGAGACUGGUGAGCUGCGGACUGUCCCCCAAAGCCAACCUGAAGACCAUCACGAAGACUUGGGGCAUCGAGAACUUUGUUUCCUCCACCUUAUUGAGGAACAUGAGGGACAAAGAUCUGAAGAAGGCCAUCAGCUACCACAUGAAGAAGGGCCAGUCGCUGCUUGAUCCCAAACAGAAGAGCCUGUCGGUCCAUCAGGCACGGAUCAACUAUCUGGAGGAGCUGAGCGAUCUCAAGUGUUUCGGAGGGAAAUCCUUUUCUGCCACCAUGAUGCUCCAGGACCGGGAGUCUACGGUGACCCUGCUGGUGGGAGGGCGUUACGGCAUAAGUCAGGUGGUCAACCACAAGCUGAGCAUCCUGACCACUCUGACAGAGUUCAGCAGCAUCACACGAGUCGAGCUGCUGCCCGAAUCUGACAAAGUCAGCCUCGUCAAAAUCUACCUGCAGGACAUAAAGCCCAUCACCUUACUGCUGGAGGCAGCUGCAGCCAAAGAUAUGUCCUGCCUCGUAGCGGGGUACUGCCGUGUCUUUGUGGACCCAAACCUGAACGUCUUCCCCUGGACGGAUGAAAAGAAGCACAGAGUCUCUGCAGAAGAAGGUUACGUGUCACGAUGUGCRAGUGACUCGGACGACUCCUCAGAACUGGACAUGGACCCGCUGGUCAACCUGAAGUCUCACGACAACAAACCUCGUCUCAGAUCCUCGUCUGACUCUGAAGGAAGGAAAAGAAAAAAUCGAGACAGAAYGAGAUCCAGAGGCAGCAAAGAAAAGGGAGAUAUACUUCUGGAGGUGAAAAAGCUCAAAGAGAAUGACGCGUGUGAGGACACACGGKGGAAGGAGAAAGACGGGGCAGAAAUUCAGAUCCAGAUCACGAACGAUGACUCCGGUAAACAAAACCUGAAGGUUGGAGACGGAGAGGAAGAGGGAGCGKCGGAGGAGCAGCCGUCAGAAGCGUCAGACUCCUGUCACACUGACUCCCGCAUCCUYACCAGCCCCUCCAGCGACUCGCUGGAUGCCCUGGAGGAAGAUGACCUCAUUUCCUGCUCCUCCUCCUCCACACGUCCGAACACGGUGCCAGAAACUCACGUCUGUGUCCGCUCUCCCUUUCAGCUGCACCUCCACUCCGAUGGCAACGUUCAGCCUCACCUCCUGGCUCCUCCUCCUGCUCACUCUCACCCUCUCAUCCACCUCACAGCUGUCAGCACUGGAGGAGGAGGAGGAGGAGGAGGAAGCUGCAGGAGGUCCAGAAAUGGAGCUGAUCCCCAAACCUUCAAAUCUGACUCCUCUUCUGACGUCCAGAACCCUUCAGGUGAGCUCUGCUCAGUCGACAGCUCCCUGUGYUUCGCUGAGCUCUCCCGCCUGGCCGACCUCCUGCCAAGCCCUCCCGAAGCUAGUGAGGAAGAUGAGGAGGAGGAGCUAAGAAGAAGAAGAAACAUUCAGAAAGAAAUAUCUGUAACAGGGGGCGGUGAUGUUGACCCUCCACAUUCCCCGUCUCCAUCAUCCCCCUCCUCCCACAAAGACUACGUGUUCAACUUCGACCAGAGCGACGCUCGCUGCUACUACAACCUYUGCUCCAACAUCACCCCCGACAGCACCCUCAGCCCCCCACGCCCCCACCACCAGGAGAACGAGGAGGCUGCGGAAGGAGGCGAGGCCGAAGAGRUGGAGCCGACCCCCAUCCUCCAGCCGCCCCCCGGCUUCGGAGACAGCAGCUCUGACGAAGAGUUCUUCGAUGCCAGGGAAGGCUUCGCCUCGCCUGAAGACCUGACCUCAGGYGUCGUCCAGAGAGAUAAUCAGAACUCUCUCAGUGCUCUGAACCCGGGUGACAUCAAAGUGGUUCUGAUGGAUCCAAACAAAGAYGGAGGAGCUGAGGGGAACAAAACGCAGGGACACCAGAAAAGAGGAGACAUCGAAACAAUUUUCAACUUCAGAAAGAGGUCACGAAAGCGACGUUCUUUCAUGGAGACUGAUUAUACUUCCAGAGUCUCUUAUCCAGAACCUGAUCCAGAAUCAAAACCCAACCUGCUUAAAAACAGUUUGUCAGAAUCCAGUGAUGGCCAGAUGCUCAGUUCAGAUCCAGAACCCUCAAAGCAAACCCAGAACCCCAGUCCUACUGUGUCCUCGCUCACUCACAUUGAGGGAGAACCAGCCCAGCUUGAGUCCAAACCCAUCCUGUCAAAACCCCGCCCGCACAGACCAGGUUCUGUUUCUGCUUCUGACCCGAAACAAGACCUGAAGGCCUUCUCCAGGAGCAGGAAACAGGAAAUGGAGAUGGAACCCGACGCCAUGGAAUCCAAGUCAGUCACGGAUGUGGUGAUGGCGGUGUCUCCGACCAUCACUGUCAUCCGCUGUCGGGUUGAUCCUGACGGGAAGGAGAGUGCAGACCGGAGGGGCGACGGGAAGGAGGAAGGGGAGGGGCAUGAGGAGGUGGGUGAGGAGAAGGUGCAGCCGUCAGGUGUGUUCACCGAUCACAUGUUUCUGCCUGACAUCACCGAGGAGGAAGGAGGCAAGGAGGAGAGGACGGAAGGAUUCUCYUCCAGCUUGAAGAGACCCCUCGUCAGUGAUGAAAGACCCCAGGAGGCUGAUGCAUUGCCCGAAUGUUUAACUGAACUAAAUCAAAAAGACUCUUUGGAUUCCCAUUUGAUUGCCCCACAGAUAAAUAAAAACAUGGAUAAGUAUUUCCCUUUACUCUGCUCACCACCGGCACCUCCACCAUCACCUGUUCUGCCUCCAAAACUCACUGCACUCAAAAGUGACUGUUCCGUACAAGAGGAAAGAAGCUCAGAGAACAUGGAAACAUCAAACAAAAUUAUUAUUUUAAAUCAUGAACAAGAAAGUCCAGGUCUUGGUUUGGAUACUAGUGUGCAUAGUAAUGAGACAAAGCCAUUAACACGGCCUUUAACAAGCAUCAAUGACGACGACGCCGUCGGUGUUCCUAAAUUUACCACCACAGCUAGUGACGAAGUUACAGAAAGCUCCAACUCGGACAAUGUGUUUGAGGACGACGAUGAUGUUGAAACUAGUUAUUCUCUAAAUUAUGGCUCAGACGAUGAGAAAGAGAAUAGGACUACAGCUGCGAAGCAUAGCGUCUUUGGUAGUUCGACUGAAGCAGACAAAUAUGAACCCAACAUCAGCAUUCAGCCUCUUCAAACCUGUGACGUUCAAACAAAGAGUCAUCCUGCUGAUGCCGAUUACAAUCUGGCUAUAAACUCCAUCACGGCAAAGCUCGGAGCUGCCACAAGUGUCUUAUCACCAACCUUUAACUCAGGGGGUGUGCUUCAGGAAGCCUCAAAUCAAAAACCCAACUCGAGUCUUGAAGCUAAAGAGAGGUUCGCAACGGGUAAAGACAAUACAAUCCACAAUCUGCCCAACGAACUAGUGCCAUCAACUCAUUUCCUUUUCCAGUCCUGUUCACCAACCAUCAUGGGCCGUUUAUCUGCUUCGACUCUCAGGGGCAAGAUUCAAAAUUUACCACUUUAUUUAUCACGCUCCCACGAGAGUCUGAACCGAGCCGAGGUUGGGGGUAAAGCCCAAAGUCCUGCUGAGGACAUGAGUAGAGACUACGCAGAUAUUACCCCCAAAGCAUCGAGUGUUCAUAAUGUCACACAGAUGGUUGGUGUUGAGACGGGUGAAGCCACGGAUUCAGACGACUCGGAUGCAACAGUGACUGGAUCUGUGGCAGACAGGGAGAAUUUUGGUGAARCAGCGUCAGCAAAGAGUUUUUCUUCAGGGCCAGAGGUAGAUGAAAGCUCUCAGCAUCCUGUACAAACUGAACCCAAACCCAGUCAACAAAGUCCAAACUUCAGAUGGAACGGCAGUACACCAGGACCCGUAACGGAGCCCCCUGCCUCCAUAAUAACCCUACUCCAAAAUGAUACCAAGGGGUUAAAGGUAGACACUCCAGGAUCAUUAACAAACUCUCCAGAACUAAACAUACAAGUCAACAGUUUACAGGAAGACAUCCCAGGUUUUAAAUUCAGGGAUCAGUCAGUUCUGACCCAGAUAGUGGUGACUACACAGACUCUGAAUGGACCAGGACUUGCUUUUCAUGGUCAAUCCCAAAGAACCAGUACUGACAGGCCUUUAUUGGAUCUUUGUAGACAUUCAGAUCAGAGUUCAGACCCAUCAAGAACACCUUCACCAGGCUGCAGAGUCUUUACUAUUUGUGAGAAUUUGUCUCAUUCAAAAACCCUGGUGGACUCAAUGUCUACGACGCCCCUGAAGUCUGAGUUUGGUUGUGGUUCUGUGCUCACAUCUGGAUGUCAAUCGGUUACAGAGAGUAUCCAGAUACCUCUGGAUGCUUGUGGCUGUCCAACAGUUUACACAAACUGCUUCAGCGGGGAGGACAACUUCGACGAGGAGCUCACUGUCUACGAGUUCUCCUGCCGCUCCCAGAGCAGCGGUCUAAACCAGACUUCUGAGGGGGGUCUUCAUCUUAUAACGUCUCCGCCUGUUCCCUCCUUUAGCUCUCCCGUACCCCCUCCAUUUUCACGCCCCAUUUUUUUCUCCUCCUCCUCCACCUCUGAGUUCAGCCCCCUCCUCUCCCCACAGUCGGACACUUCAUACAUGUCUCAAAAGCACAAAGACACGAUCAGUCGUUUAGGUCAGCAGUGUUACCCAGAACCUCCUGCUGGGUUCAAAGUCCUUCGCAGGGACGUGGACAAGCUCCUUUGUGUUUUAGAAGGCAGUGGUGUUGACAAAUCUGUGACGGGACACGGAGGUCGCCACCGAAGGGACACCUGCCCGGCGCACUUUACAGAAAAUAAAAGGCUUCUCCAGUUAGAGGCCCGUCGGCUGAUGACGGGCUGCCAGAAGGUGGUGGGGAUUGGACAGAGCCAGCAGGAAAUGCUUCUCUCCCUGGCUGACAGCUUCCGGACCCUGGUGGAGCUGGCCACAAUCUGCCUCUGGUUCUCCGGCUGCGACCGGUGUGACCGGAGGAAUGCGGAGGCGGUAGCAGGCCUGGCGGACGUCGCUCGCUCGUUCAGGGACUUCUGCCUGGCGGCAGAGAGAGCCAGCAGCAACCGCAGCUGCCAGGACCUGAGCACCAAGCUGCUGGCCAAGCAGUGCACCGCGCUGACGGCGUCCGUCUUCUGCCUCACCCAGCUGUUCCGCACUCUCACCUCACUGUGAGGGAACCAAAACCUCUGAAGACCCUUUGUCUGCAGGGGGGUCACUGCUGACUACCAGAACUCAACAUUAUGCAGUCACCAAGGAAGAGUUCAUACUUACAGCUGCAUGUGUGACUGACUUUCUGCUGCACAACUCAACAAAUCAGACUCCAAUUUCUGAAAUGAUGUACUUGAAUGUAUUCUUUAUGUAUUGAGCUUAUGUAUUCAUUCAGUCAUUUAAUGAAUGUGUUGCUGCGGUGUGUUUGAGAAAGUAAGGAAUAUCAGGGAUGGAAGACAUUUUUACAGAUCGCUUCAUACAAACAGAAAGCAGUCGUAUCCAAGUAUUAACCCACACAGAGACACGCGCAUCUGUCUGGUUUGUCUGUUCAAGCGUUCGGUGAACAGUCAAUAUUUUUUUGUCUCACAUUCUGUAACUUUACUCUGUCCAGGCUGACUGUGAGGACAUUUUUGAAUGUUUACAAAACCAAAAAAGUUACCUUAGAAGCGAUUCAAUCAAACGAAGCCUGAAGGUGUUUAACAUUUUAUAAACAUAGUGGACGUGUGUGCAAUAUGGUUUUAUUAAACAGUUUGAGUGUGCCCAGGGGUGCCACCAAAAAAGGGGGCCUUUAUUUGCUGGUUCCCAUACUUGCCCCCUGGUUUCAUC